AAAUCUAGACGAGCUCGAGGAGGAAAGACGCAAGCAUGGAUAAGAUGGACGACACCAAGACAGUCAAUGUCCCUGCAGAGAAGCUCAAUGAGAGUGCUCCCAAAGACACUGGCGAUGUCCAGCUCGAGGAUGCAUCGCCGCAGCUGCCAAAGACGAACGCAGAGCAGAUCCCGAAAGUUGUAGCUGCAGAGGACAAGACUGAGGCAGCUGGCGAGAAGGAUAAGGAAGGCAAAGCAUAUCCAGGCGGCCAACGCUUUGACGCGUCGACAUUGCCAGAAUCGAGCGAUGCUGCAGAAAUACGCAAGCAAGUUGAAUUCUACUUUUCCGAUAGCAACUUGCCGACCGACAAAUUUCUGUGGACUAUGGUGUCAGAGAACAAAGGCUGGGCAGACCUGAAGAAGAUUGCCACCUUCAAGCGUAUGCGCCGUUUCCAGCCAUACUCUGCCAUUGUUGAAGCGCUCAAGACAUCCACUUUCCUCGAUAUCGACGAAGCUGGCGAAAAGGUUAAGCGCAAGGAAGAACUCAAACCUUGGACAGCGGCAACCACUCCUGUUCUGCGCUCAGUGUACGUCAAAGGCUUCCCAGAAGAGACCAAGACCAUGCAAGUGGACCUCGAAAAGUUCUUUGCCGGAUACGGCGACGCAAAAGUGGUUCGCCUGCGCAGGACUGAUGAGGGUCAGUUCAAGGGCUCCGUAUUUGUUGAAUUUGCAUCGGGUGAGCAGCAGGCUGCUUUCCUCGCGCUCGAAGGAGAAGACAAGCCAAAAUAUGAAGGAGCUGAGUUGGAGACUAUGUCCAAGAAGGCCUACCUCACCAUGAAGGAGGAGCAAUACGGUGGUCACUUUCCAACAAACAAGAAGAGCAAGACCAAGUUCAACGCCUUUCAAGAGCAGAAGAAGCAGAACGCUGGACGCCAGGGCGCGCGAUCAAGCCGUGGACGGGGCAACAACUCUGGCCGGCCCAACAACCGCAAUCAGGAGCGCAAGAAGCAAGAUGGUGACAGCGCACCCAAAGGUGAAAAGCGAUCACACGAGGACGAAGCUAGCACAGAGAAGGAGGCAAAGCAACAAAAGGUGGACGCCUAGAGGUGUGCAUGUAAGACUAUCCCGUGAGAGUUGGCAUAAUGACAAAAGCUUGUUUAUACAGUAGAACGAGAGUGCUAUCCCCAUCCUC